UACGUUGUCAUUUACUUUGGCGGCGAGGAGCAAAACAAAACCAGCGAUAAAUAACAAGGCCAAACAAUAAUAACAAUAAUAUUCAAUCAAGAACAUCAAGAAUCCAAUCGUUCUUUUGACAUUAUUGAAUUUUCGUUCUUGGUUUUCUGCAAGAUUGAGACAAAAAGUUAGAUUGUGAUGGUUUUUCAAAACUAAUUUUUAGUGAAAUACUGUGAAUCAGAUAGCAUUUGUUGGUAGCUCUUUGACUAUGCCGAAGCAAAAGUGGGGAACCAACAGUAAACAGUACUGUGCCGAGCAGGAACACGACCAGUACGACCAACUGUACCGGAAAUCGGACGUAUUCUACGAGUACCUGAAUGAUGCGCCGUGUAAGAUUCCGAAAAUCGAAGAACAUCUGGCUGAUCCGGUGGAACUGCUGGAAACCAUCGACGAGAUCGAUCUGCCGGCUCAUCGUCUAACGGGUAAGGUUCGUCUACAGUAUCUAAGCUAUCUGGAGAAACUGCUGGAUGGGAACUACGAUGCGUGGGCCGGAACGGUGGAACCGUACGAAAACGUAACGUUCACACCGGACGAGGUGAAGCGUUGUGCGGCCAGUAUCGAAAUGAAAGCGGUACAGUCUUGUAUGAUUAUGUCCCUGUAUCGCAACUAUGUCCUACAAUUGAUCUCACAAAUCCGUAAGGAAACCAAUGAGUGCAUUUUGCACCCAAGCUUGAUUAACAUGAAAUUCACACCAAAGAUUAUCAAAAAGGAAUGCUGCCACGUGUCUGUUCAAACUGAUCCCAUAGAGCAAAUUAAUGACACACAGGAAAAGGCCCCCAUAAACCUCUUCGAAUGCAAUGAUCUCCCACUACUCGAUGUCCCUGCGAUGUCGCUUGAUGAAAAAAUUCGCAACUUCGAACGUAAGAUGCACCUUUCUAGCCCGAAGUUGAAAACGCGACGAGAUAAGCGCGAAAAGCGACCUCGAAAGGAAAGAUCGCGCUCACGAGCAGGAGAUCGUCUUUCGCUUCCCAUAACAAGUCAUGAACCGGAACCAGCCCCGCAAAUUCAUCAGCCAAAACCGGCUUCGGAGACAUUCAAGUCCCCUUUGGUUGAAGUUCCAAAGCCGGAAAAUCUCGGCAGUCAAGAUGACGAAAUUCUGCGGGAACUUGAAGCCAUGUUCGACACGGGAGAUGACGGGAAUAUCUUCGACUCCUGCGAGAAUCAAGUGCAAAUCAAAGCCAUCAUGAACGAGAUUGAAAAAUUCGAACCACAAACCUGCGAGCAAUCCCAUACGUUGAAUGUGCUGGAAACUUCUACGGGUCAAUUGCAUAGAGACAUUCCAGAGGUACCAUCUCCGAAGUUCGACUACGACAACAGUCAAAAUUGCUUGCUGGUUCCUAAAGAGUAUUCCAAGCUGGAGCCUGGCGAAGAAAAGGUAACCGAUUUGAGGAAGAGCUUGUGGCCAUGCGAGCUGCACAUGCAGAAAACGAAACUUCGGGAGAUAUUGAGCAACAUAGCUGAUAACAACUACCUCCGUUAUGAGCGCAUUCGGGCCCGUUUUGUCAUUCUAUUUGGAGAGUACGAGGACGAGGAAGACGAACUGGGCCCAUAUAGUCCGUCGAUUGAACUGAACGAAAUAUUGGUGUCCAGUUGUCGCCAACGGAUUGCAAAAUGGGUCGUGCAAGCGCUAAUGAAGCCCCUGAAUGAUGGCUUGAUUGCCAAUAGGUUCCUGUUCAAAAAGCUGGCCAAACAUGUGGCUGACAACAUUAUCUAUCUCAAUCAGUAUCCUGACCAGCGAUUUAUCAAAUACUACGUAACGGAUUACUUCUGUACACACCCUAUGAUUGCCUCUAUAGAAGACAUGAAUUAGUGUUUUUGCUUUUGGAUCAACUACGAACUGAAUGGACUCGAAAGAUAACACCCCAAAAUUAUUCUGAGUUUAUUGAAAGUUGAUAUCAGUUUAACUAACAGUAGAGUUAAUACAACAUACUGCAUUUAGAUACGGCGUAGUUGCUUAAAAUAUUAUAAUUCUGUGAAUUAUUAAAAAGCAGUUAACUUGAAAGCUAUUUUCACAUUUGUACCAAUUAGGGUUAUAAAAUACAUCUACGUCAAACGUCAAACGUCAAGCUGAA